AUGAGCAAGCGACCUCGACUUGACAACGAGGAGAGUCCCUCAGCCGCCGUCUGCGACCAAUGCCGUCAGCGCAAGGUUCGCUGUGAUCGACAACAGCCCACCUGCUCAAAUUGCUCCAAGGCCGGAGUAGAAUGCAGCUCGUCGAACUCGACCAAACGGGUGAAUCAAACUAAGGAGCUUUUAGGAGCUUUAACGAGUCUUACUCGACAGAUUGCUGCUGAUGUCGCAAACCCCAAAUCCACGCAGCUGGAAAACCCCCCUUACUUUGAUUCAGCUCGAACGAAUCAUCACGAUGGUCAGACACCGGAUGGUCAGUCGCCAGAUAUCAAACAUCCUCUAGAGACAGUCGAGUUUGAUCGAGGUGGCGAAUAUCUGUACAGUUAUCCAGCGCCUGUUGUGCUGAUGAAAUGCCUAUUAAAUCAGGCUACCGCGUCACUUCUUACAGAUGAUGAACAUAGAGCCAGUCGAUACAUUGCCAACGAGGGUAUAUGCAAUUAUUUCGAUACACUCCAAGACAAAAAAGCAAGAGAUGCUCUCCAGCAGAAGCUCGACGCCUUCCCUUUUAAGUCUCCUUGUGUAGAUUUCAGUCUAGUUAAGGAUCGAGAGCCUAUCACCUCACCACCUCGUUUCAUUGUCAAUGCUUCCGUGGAUGGCUACCUCCGAGUUUUCAACACCAAAGUUCCUAUCUUUAACGAGAACGACUUACGCUGCGCCAUAAACACGCAUUACAGCACCGAAUCGGCAGCUCAUAAUGAUUUAGCAUGGCCACUCAUCACAAACGCCAUCGUGCUUCUACAACUAGGUCUGGAAUUACGAGUAGCGCAUGCAUCUCAAAAUAACUCUCCCGUCAUGCAUGAUGCUAUCUUGUUCCCUUUCUUGGAAAAUUGCGAUCGAGCUAUGCGAAAUCUCGCCUCGUUCAUGGUACCAACUGUUGUCAAUGUCGAGGCGCUUAUGAUACUGACACUCGUCUCUCGAGAGUUUUUCAGCAAUGCCACAGCUGAGAGAGUAUGCCAGGCAGCUUGUCACGCUGGUCGUGCUCUCGGCCUACAUCGAUCUAAGGCCCGUCGUCACAGCGACAGCACGAAUCGACCAACAGAAAAUGAAAAGGAAAGAGAGCGUCUGUUUUGGGUUCUUUAUACCCUCGAUAAACAACGAGUGUUUAUGACCGGCCAACCGUGCGAUCUUUAUUCGUUUGACUCGGACCACGACCUACAAGGAUUCUCCCUCGAGGAUGCUUCAAAUCACAUGAUGACACUAUGGGAAGAAAUCCAUAUCAACUUGUACUCUUCGAAAGCUGCAGGUCCCAGGAGCCAAAAAGAUCAGCAGAUACGCCACAUGAAUACUUUGAUGAACGAGUUUACCCAACGGCAUGCGAACCAUAAACUAAACUACUCCGACAACUCAGAAAGUCUCAACCCAUUGCAGGUUGAGUUCACAUACGGCUACCACGUAUCUGAACUACUUGUUCUCGGCUCUGAACAGACCUCGGAGCGAGUUCAGAACCAUAAAAUUCAAGUUUCCCGUUCGGCCCUGAAGUUGAUUCUCCAAGUCUCCGCAAGGAAACCCACCCCUACUCAAUUAGCUGCAUUAGCGAGGAUGUUCCGAAACUAUCCAAUUAUUCCCUUCAUAGAAUUGGUAGCCUUCCAUCUCUGGCACCUUUUUGCGCGGAAGAACUAUAGUGAAGAUGCUCGGAGUGAUGUCUCUCUCCUGCGGGCAGUCCUUGAUCGGCUCCAGAUACUCCAACUCCGAAACCUAUCGUAUACGUUUUACUCUCGAAUGAAAGUUGGGUUGUCCUGGGCACUAGAUACUCUACAAGCCACCGCCGGUAUAUUUGGUGCAUCAAUGGAGCCACCAACAGUCACGGAGUCCGACCAAACCGAAGUGUAUAGCCACCCCUCUCAAUCAACUACCAAAACAAACGCCAGCCAUUCAAUACCAUUCGACACCGCCAACCCUUGUGACCUAUUCCAAGAGGAAAUUUCUGCAAGCUUUUACAAUCUCAACCCCAGAGAAACCAGCCGGCAGCACGGAGUCUCCGGGAAUAAACCUCCUACCCCUGAAAGCGAACAGGGAUCUCAUCUCUCACAACAUUGUCCGCUGGUACAUCCGUCCCCAUUGCCUUCAUUUCCAGCCGACCCUGCACAACGAAAGGGUCCUUGCGCUCACCUGACAAGCAGGUUUGAAUGGAAUGAAUGGAGUGAUCUUGGUCAGGACCUCGAGGAAUUUCUUGCCCGAGAACAUCAGCCGAUACUUGAGUAA